CAUCGAUUGAUGACGUCAGGGAAAACUGUGAUGUGAGACUAUUUAGUGCGUCACUCUGGGCGGACAUGUUUGCCGUCUUUCCAGUUUUUUUUUCAACCAGGUUAUUUCAACAUCUAGGAUAAAUUCCGUCGCGGUCGCGAUUUAAACACUGACCAUUGUGUCCAGGAAGGUCUCAAGCUAGCCAGCAGGGACUGAGAAAUUAUCCAGCCAGAAGGAUAUGUGUAUCAUCUUGCGGACUAAACAAAAUCAUUCACUAUUCCAACAAGGAAGUUCUCACUCAGGACUUGUAUUCUAAGAAGAAGCUGUAAUCUGUGGCUGGAAGACAGGACAGUUACGAGACAAGAACAGGAUACAAACAAAGUGUGCUUUGUCAUCUUGCAAGCAGACGUCGUGGAAUGAAGAUCUAAUCACUCAGGCACAUUUCAUUUCAGCUGGAAGGACUUCUUCAGCACAGAGACAGCAGUGUUAUCCCUGACCAUGGCUUUGACAGGAGACGACUGCUACUACUUCUACUACUCCACAUGUGGAAAGGGUGUGACGUGCCCGUUCCGACACUGCGAGGCGGCGCUGGGGAACGAGAUCACGUGUUCACAAUGGGAGCAGGGGAUGUGUUACCGACCGGACUGCAAGUUCAGACACAUGAGCAUCACGAAGGACCGCAGUAACAUCCAGUGUUACUGGGAGACACAGCCCAGCGGCUGUCUGAAGCCACACUGUGUGUUUCACCACUCCAAACCCAGACCUAAGGAAGCUGGCUUCACCAUGCCCACUCAUACAGCUGGUGCGCUACCUUCAGCUGUUCCAUCACCAGCUGUGUUACAGAGAGUACAGACAGCAGACAAGCCUGUAGGUGUGGCCAGUCCUGCACAGGUGACCACACCACAGGUCGCACCGGUGGUCAUCAACCCUUUUGAGGAAGCCCACUCUUCGGAUGAGUCAUCUGAGCAUGGGUCACCACGGAAGCAGCCAAUGACAGGUGCUGCACUCAGGGGUGUCGUCUUGACAACCAGGAAAGUCAUCUCUUCUGAACAUGAAGAAAUGGAGACAAGUCACGUACAACAGGAGGGUGGGGUCAAAAUCAAGACUCUCCAGGAGAUCAGAAGAGAAAGGAUGCAGAUGCAGCCAGGAGAAACCCAGAACUCAUCUAAACUCUCACCAACCAGACAGGUCCAGGUGAAAAGUCUGGCAGAAAUCAGGAGAGGAAAACUUCUGAGUCGUCUUGGAAAUAUGUCUCAACAACAAUCUGGACAACAAGACUUGGAAGAAGAGGAAAUCAGGAGAGGAAAUCUUCUGAGUCGACUUGGAAAUAAGUCUCUGCAACAAUCUGGACAAGACUUGGAAGAAGAGGAACUCAGGAGAGGAAAACUAAUGAGUCGGCUUGGAAAUAAGUCUCAGCAACGAGCCAGACAACAAGACUUAGAAGAAGAGGAUGAACAAGUUAUGUCUCAGGAAGUGGGACAGAUUGAAGUGAAAUCUUUAGCAGACAUUAGGAAGGAAAGACUGAUGGGUAGACUUGGUACAACACACCAGACAGAAACUGAAGAACAAGACAUGAAGGGUCAACCUCAGAUUCAGAUAAAAACUCUUGCAGACAUCAAAAGAGAAAAGCUUAAGAGGAGACUUGGAAAAGUACCACAGGAAAGUGAUGAUGAUCAGGUGGCAACCGAGGAAAAUUCUGAAGCUGACUGAGCCUCAAGCUCCCGGUGGAGUCAAGAAGAGCAAGGCAGGCAGAAGAGUUGUUCUAGUUGAUCCACAAACAACAGUAGUUGAAAAAGCCCAAACUCAUGCUGCAGAAAAGAAAACCAAUCACAACGUAGCUGUUAGGAAGGGGAUAAAGAGAGAGAUGCAGCUGUAUCGGCCACCACGGAGCAAGGAAACAGGUCCAAGUGUACCUGGAAAAGCUGAAGUAAGCCCAGUCAAAUUGUCGGCCAAGACAGCAGGACAAACAGCCCAGGUUGUCAGCAGGGCCGUGGAAAAAGUACCCCGGAAGUCACCUGAGAAAGUACAAGUCCCUGGGAAGUUUGCUGAGAAAGUGCAACUGUCAGGGAAGUCUCCAGAAAAGACUGCACCGAAGGCUCCUGAAGUCAAAUCUCCAGAGCAGAUCAAGAUCAAGACCUUUGAGGAGAUCAUGCGAGAGAAGAAGAUGAGAAAACUGCAGGAGAAGCUAGAAGAGCCUGAAGGAAAGAUCCCUGAGGUUUCACCAAAACUGGGGAGGCCUGUUAUGCCAACACAACCCUUGCCUGCACCAACCAAAGGAGAAGAACCACCCAAGAAGGUGAAAAUGGAGGACCUGAAUAUAAGUUGCCAUGGUGAUUCCUGGACACAGGUCUCAGUGCUGACAGCCAACAGCCACUCCUGA